CUGGCUUACCUGCUGCUGCUCGAGGGAGGCAUGUUCUCUCCGUCCCCACCACCCUCCGGGCUGUUGGAGAGGGUCUUCCAGUUCAUUGAUCUCCACCAGAAUGAGUUUGUACAGAUACUUAAGGAGUGGGUGGCCGUAGAGAGUGACUCCGUUCAGCCCGUGCCCCACCUCAGGCAAGAGCUCUUCCGAAUGAUGGCCCUGGCUGCAGACAAGCUUCGGUGUCUGGGUGCCAGCGUGGACUCCGUGGACACGGGCUUUCAGCAGCUGCCUGAUGGUCAGACUCUCCCGAUACCUCCCAUCGUCCUGGCCGAACUGGGAAAUGACCCAGAAAAGCCCACCGUGUGCUUCUACGGCCACUUGGAUGUGCAGCCUGCUAGACAGGAAGAGGGGUGGCUCACAGACCCUUACACGCUGACGGAAGUGGAUGGAAAACUUUAUGGUCGUGGAGCAACAGACAACAAGGGCCCCGUUUUAGCGUGGAUUAAUGCUGUGAGUGCCUUCAGAGCCCUGGAAGAAGAUCUCCCCGUGAAUAUCAAAUUCAUCAUCGAAGGCAUGGAAGAAGCCGGUUCUGUUGCCCUGGAGGAACUGGUCAGAAAAGAAAAGGACCGGUUCUUUUCCAGUGUAGACUAUGUCGUCAUUUCGGAUAACCUGUGGAUCAACCAGGGGAAGCCGGCCCUCACCUACGGCACGAGAGGGAACAGCUACUUCAGGGUGGAGGUGAAAUGCCGAGAUCAAGAUUUUCAUUCAGGAACCUUUGGUGGCAUCCUCCACGAGCCAAUGGCUGAUUUGGUUGCACUUCUUGGCAGCCUGGUGGACUCAUCUGGUCAUAUUCUGAUCCCUGGAAUCUAUGACCAAGUGGCUCCUCUUACAGAAGAAGAGAGAAAAAUGUACAAAGCCAUUGAUCUGGACCUGGAGGAAUACCGGCGUAGCAGCCACGUUAAGAAAUUUCUGUUUGACACCAAGGAGGAAAUUCUAAUGCACCUAUGGAGGUACCCAUCGCUGUCAAUCCACGGGAUCGAGGGUGCAUCUGAUGAGCCUGGAGCUAAAACCGUCAUCCCUGGCCGAGUUAUCGGAAAAUUUUCAAUCCGUCUGGUCCCUCACAUGAAUACGUCUGUGGUGGAAAAACAGGUGAAGCAGCAUCUUGAACAUAUAUUCUCCAAAAGAAAUAGUUCCAACCAGAUGACUGUUUCUAUGACACUGGGACUACAGCCGUGGAUGGCAAAUAUUAAAGAUAAUCAGUAUGUUGCGGCCAAAAGAGCCAUCGAAACAGUAUUUGGAACAGAGCCAGACAUGACCCGGGAUGGCUCAACCAUACCAAUUGCCAGAAUAUUCCAGGAUAUCAUCCAAAAGAGUGUGAUGAUGCUCCCGCUGGGUGCUGUUGAUGAUGGGGAACACUCUCAGAAUGAGAAAAUCAACAGGUGGAACUACAUAGAAGGAUCCAAGUUAUUUGCUGCCUUUUUCCUAGAGAUGGCUAAGCUUCAUUUGUAA